AGUGUGAAUCAUAUGAUGACAAAACAUGUAAGGUGGGAGGGAAGGAAGAAGGCCGACUUGUAUACACUCACUCUUCAUUUCGGGAGGACGCAUUUCUCGGUUUAACUGAGGAGAACCGCGGCUUGGGAUCCAAGAUGACAGACUCCAAAUAUUUCACCACUACCAAGAAAGGGGAGAUCUUUGAGCUGAAGGCAGAGCUCAACAGUGAUAAGAAGGAGAAGAAGAAGGAGGCGGUGAAGAAGGUCAUUGCAUCUAUGACAGUGGGAAAAGAUGUCAGUGCUCUGUUUCCUGAUGUUGUGAACUGCAUGCAAACGGAUAAUCUGGAGCUGAAGAAGCUGGUCUAUCUGUACUUGAUGAAUUAUGCCAAGAGCCAGCCGGACAUGGCCAUUAUGGCCGUCAACACCUUUGUGAAGGACUGUGAGGACCCAAACCCUCUGAUCCGUGCACUGGCGGUGCGCACCAUGGGCUGCAUCCGAGUGGACAAGAUUACCGAGUACCUGUGUGAACCUCUAAGGAAGUGUCUGAAAGAUGAAGACCCUUACGUAAGGAAGACUGCUGCAGUUUGUGUCGCCAAGCUGCAUGACAUUAACGCCCAGCUGGUGGAAGACCAGGGCUUCCUGGACACCCUGAAAGACCUGAUCUCUGACUCCAACCCCAUGGUGGUGGCAAAUGCAGUAGCGGCUCUGUCCGAGAUAGCAGAGUCUCAUCCUAACAGCAACCUUCUGGACCUGAACCCUCAGACAAUUAAUAAGCUCCUGACAGCCCUUAAUGAGUGCACCGAGUGGGGCCAGAUCUUCAUCCUCGACUGCCUGGCCAACUACACGCCCCGUGACGACCGCGAGUCACAGAGUAUCUGUGAGCGUGUAACUCCACGGCUGUCCCACGCUAACUCUGCCGUGGUUCUGUCUGCUGUGAAGGUUCUGAUGAAGUUCAUGGAAAUGCUUCCUAAAGAUCUAGACUAUUACGGCACUCUUCUGAAGAAACUUGCUCCUCCAUUGGUCACACUGCUCUCAGCUGAACCUGAACUGCAGUAUGUUGCCUUGAGGAACAUUAACCUCAUCGUACAGAAACGCCCUGAAAUUCUAAAGCAUGAGAUGAAGGUUUUCUUUGUGAAAUAUAAUGACCCAAUCUAUGUCAAGCUGGAGAAGCUGGAUAUCAUGAUCCGCCUGGCGUCUCAGGCCAACAUUGCUCAGGUGCUGGCUGAGCUGAAGGAAUAUGCCACUGAAGUGGACGUGGACUUUGUGCGUAAAGCUGUACGAGCCAUUGGCCGCUGCGCAAUUAAAGUAGAGCAAUCAGCAGAGCGUUGUGUCAGCACACUGCUUGACCUCAUUCAGACCAAGGUCAAUUAUGUGGUGCAGGAAGCCAUUGUGGUCAUCAAGGACAUCUUCCGGAAGUACCCCAACAAGUAUGAGAGUGUGAUUGCCACUCUGUGUGAGAACCUGGACUCUCUGGAUGAGCCUGAGGCACGGGCAGCCAUGAUCUGGAUUGUGGGAGAGUACGCAGAGAGGAUUGACAAUGCAGAUGAGCUGCUGGAGAGCUUCCUGGAAGGCUUCCAUGAUGAGAGCACACAGGUGCAACUGCAGUUGCUGACAGCUAUUGUGAAGUUGUUUCUGAAGAAACCCACUGAGACCCAGGAGCUGGUGCAACAAGUGCUCAGUCUCGCCACACAGGAUUCUGAUAAUCCUGACCUGCGUGACCGUGGCUACAUCUACUGGCGUCUGCUCUCCACUGACCCUGUGGCGGCAAAAGAGGUGGUGCUGGCCGAGAAGCCUCUGAUAUCAGAGGAGACAGACCUGAUUGAGCCCACCCUGCUGGAGGAGCUUAUCUGCCACAUUGGUACUCUGGCCUCAGUCUACCACAAACCUCCCAGUGCUUUUGUGGAGGGCAGCCGUGGCGUUCAGCACAAGAGACUUCCUGCUCGCACUGGCUCUGGGGAAGGUGCCGAGAGCCCUGAUGUUGGCCAGUCUGGACCUUCUGAAGCUCCACCUGCUGUCAUUCCAUCACAAGGUGAUCUCCUCGGUGACCUGCUGAACCUGGAUCUGGCCCCACCCACUGCCACUGUCCCUUCAGUGCAGCCCUCAAUGCAGAUGGGAGCCAUGGACCUACUGGGAGGAGGUCUGGAUAGCCUGAUGGGCGAUGAAUCAGAUACGCCGGGAGUUUCCCACAGGACAGAGGUGCAGUCUCCCCAGCCAUCUUCUGAUUAUAGUGAGAGAGAGCUGGGAGGAGACAUCGGCGGAAGCCCUUCGAUGGGUGCCGGUUUGGGGGCGGCCCCAGCAGCCAUGCCUGCUGCUCUCGGCGGUGCUCCUGCUGUUGGAGGUGGAUUGGGAGACCUUUUUGACCUUGGUGGAGGUGUUGGCAUGCCAACAGGAUCCUACGUUGCUCCUAAAACUGUGUGGUUACCGGCCAUGAAAGCUAAAGGGCUGGAGAUUUCUGGGACAUUUGCCCGACGCGGUGGGAUCAUUCAGAUGGAUAUGUCUCUUAACAACAAAGCCAUGAGCGUUAUGACUGACUUCGCCAUUCAGUUCAACAGGAACAGUUUUGGUCUCGCCCCUGCUGGCCCUCUGCAGGUUCUGACUCCUCUGAGCCCCAAUCAGACCAUUGACGUUAGCCUCCCUCUCAGCGUGAACGGCCCUGUCAUGAAAAUGGAACCUCUCAACAAUCUGCAGGUUGCUGUGAAGAAUAACAUCGACGUGUUCUACUUCAGCUGCCAAUAUCCCCUCAGCCUGCUCUUUGUAGAGGACGGAAAGAUGGAACGUCAGGUGUUCCUAGCCACCUGGAAGGACAUUCCAAAUGACAACGAGGCACAGUUCCAAAUCAAAGACAUCCACCUCAACUCAGACGCGGCCAGCAACAAGCUGCAAGGCAGUAAUAUCUUCACCAUAGCCAAGAGAACAGUGGAGGGGCAGGACAUGCUGUACCAGUCUGUCAAACUCACCAACGGCAUUUGGAUCCUGGCAGAAAUGCGCAUACAGACCGGCAACCCCAACUACACGCUGUCGAUAAAGUGCAGAGCACCAGAGGUGGCUCAGUUUGUGUACCAGUGCUACGAGUUGGUGCUGAAGAACUGAAGUGGGGGGAAACCAACAGGAAACAGCAGUUCCCAGGCAUCGUUUGGGUGACUGAAACUUGAUUGGACCAGUCAGAGAAAGAACCCCUGCUGUCUUGCAUUUCCCUCAGACUGUGCUUUCAGCAUUGACUGAAUCCCAAGGAAUUUUUCUCAUUAUUUUGUCCAUUCCCAACACCCAUCUUUAUCCCGCCUGUUUCCAUCUUGCAGUCCUUAAAAUAUUACAGUUGCAGUAAAAUACGAGACAAAAUAUAAAGACAUCAUCUCUGUUUCACACAUGUGCAGGUGUUCUACUCGGCAGAUUUCAUUCCUGUACUACAUGAUUGCUUCACUGUUUAUUGUGGGUGAUUGUUUUUUUUCUCCUUCAUGGAGGUUAAGCAUCAAACACGGAUGAUCUCAGAGUUUUAGACCAGCCUGUGUUCUUCAUCCAUCCAGUUGUAGGAAGGGUGUGUUUACUACAGUUGAGAGAAACCUUUCAACACUGCUGUUUUUAAUUUAGUCUUAAUAAUCAGACAGUGGGUCGCUGGGUUUGUAUUCACACAAACAGUUCAAAUCUUUAUUUAUUUUUUGUUCUGUUUUAGUAAAGCUCUCCCUGGUCUUUCCUCAGUAAUUUAGGUCUCCUGCAAUUUCUUUUAAGGGAAUGCUGUGUUUAUCCAGAAGCUUUACACAAUUGCUGAGUAAACUUUUUCUUUGUCUUCAAAAUAUCUCUGUAUUUGGUGAUGACUAAGUUUGCAGUCAUGUUUUGCUAUUAAGCUGGGUUUAUUUUUAGUUACUACUGUCUUUUGUGUGCUGUGUAUCAGUUGUGUGUGUGUGUGUGUGUGUGUGUGUGCGUGAGUUGGAGAUGUAACCUGCUGCAUGUUCUGUUCCUCCUCCUGGCAACAUUCCCUGUCCUCCCUUAUUCCCCUGAAUGAUUAUGUACAUGCCCAUAUAUUUGGGUGGGUUUUUAAUUUAGUGUGUGUGUUUGUUGAUAAACUGUUAGAUCUGUGAGGGAGACUCGACUCCUAAGAUCAUCUUGCAGAAAGUGAUAUUCUUUAUGGUAUGAAUAUCUCUUAAAUAACACUGAACGCGAUGCACCUGAAAUCUCCUGCUUUGCAGAACAACUUGUUCACUGAACAUGUUUCUUCUCUCAUUCUUUACAGGACAGGGAAAUGUUGUUAAUCUUUCAUGUCCAUAUGAUGUUUAAUUCUUUUAAAUGAUGUUGACAAGGUGGACAGACCUCUCUCAAGCUUAAUGUAAAAUACCACCAGACAAAACACUGCUGACCUAGCACACGCAAUGUUGUGUGUGUGUGUGUACACUUAGAAGUUCCCAAAUAAUAUUGAUUAUUGUUUUCUUUUAAUCAUAGUUUGUUGAUUCUGUAUGUGUGUUAUAUUCUGUGGGUUUAGUCGUGGGGGUGACUACAAGGAGAUGUACAGCAAAGACAUUUGCUAUACUUUUUGUUGGAUUCUGUCAUGAAUGCAUCUGUUAUAGAAAUUAAAGUAUAUUACCCAUUGA